CCUUAUCAACCUCAGAAGACCAAAGUGCAUCAAGAGGCUUAAGCUCACAAGGAGAACAGGACUGGUAUUCGUCUUUGUCAAUAGGGAAAUACUCGUACACAGUUUCAACGUGCAACGACAAAGAGGAAGGAAGCGACUGGAGAACAACAGAAGAUGUAUCACCAACAUCAGGGCCCUAGUGAGCUCUUCACUACUAGGACGACCUUUCCCAUGGAGAGGCAUCUGUUUCUGCAUGGAGGAAGUACACAAGGAGAUUCCGGGCUAGUUCUCUCAACCGAUGCAAAACCAAGGCUGAAAUGGACACCCGAGUUACAUCAGCGAUUUGUAGAUGCGGUCAAUCAAUUGGGUGGAGCAGAGAAAGCUACUCCAAAAACAGUCAUGAGGCUUAUGGGCAUUCCAGGACUCACCUUGUAUCAUCUGAAAAGCCACCUCCAGAAAUACAGGCUCAGUAAGAACCUCCAAGCUCAAGUUAACGUUGGGACAAACAAGAACACCAUAGGAUGCGCAAUUGUAGCUGAUGGCAUGCCGGGAACAAGUGUGCCAGCAAUGAUCAAUACAAAUGUCAUUCCACAGCCAGAGAAAACUAUGCAAAUUGGUGAAGCCCUACAGAUGCAAAUCGAGGUGCAGAGGCAAUUAAACGAACAACUCGAGGUACAACGGCAUCUGCAACUACGGAUAGAGGCCCAAGGGAAGUAUCUGCAGGCAGUUCUAGAGCAGGCCCAAGAGAGCCUUGGAAAACAGAAUUCGGGUCCUGCAAACCUGGAAGAUGCAAAAUUGAAAAUAUCAGAAUUAGUCUCACAAGUAUCAAAUGAAUGUUUCGGCAAUGCAGUUACAGAGAUAAAAGAAAGUUCAAGUAUGCACAGACUAGAGCCAAGGCAAAUCCAAUUCAUGGAAAGUUCAUCAACCAAUAACUGUUUGGCUGCAGCCGGAGGAUUCAUCAAUGAGCAUAGACUACACAGCCAUGGAAUGCUCAAAGCAUAUGAUGAUAGUUCAAUAUUUUGUAGAAAGCAAUCUCCUGGCCAUGAGUAUCAGUUUUCUCUUAAUAGGAGCCUAAGCGAGCGUAAGAUGGGUCAUUUGCACAAUGUGAAUGAGUACCACAAAGCCGAGUUUGGAAGUGAAAGUGACACAGAGAUUCAACAUGAGUAUAUUACAGCUCAAAAGAAUGGCAGAGGCAGCACCACCAGUUCAGCCUCAGGAAGCAAAGAAAGAGAUGCAGGCAGACUAUAUCUUGAAGAACCAAACUGCAAGAGACAAGCGGUUGAACAUUCAGGUUUUGAGCAUCCAAGUUCUGGGAAGAAACUUGAUCUGAACACUCAGAACACUGAUGAUGGUGAUCAAGGAUAUAGGCAUUUUGAUUUAAAUGGCUUCAGCUGGAGCUGAACUGUUAAUGAUAUGCAAUAUGAUUGAAGAGAAGAAAUGAGCAUACAAAUAACUUUUCCUGGCAUUUUCAACACCAUUAUUUGGUGAUUUGCAUAGGUCAAAAAGAAAUACUAGUACACCAGAGUUCAACCAUUGAGUACAGAAACUGAGAUAUUAUGGAUCAGCAGUUUAAAUCUCCAUUUCAAGAGGUGUAAUAUACAUGAAUAGGAUAUCAAGUCUGUACAAUAACAAAAAGGAAUAGGGAUGGAAUCGUGGAAUAUAGGAAUAGAAUGCAGAAGGCAAAGAUAGCUAUAGAACCACCAA